AUGUAUUUGAAUUACUUGAACCCGCAAACUGGCAAAUGGGGAACCAAACAUGUGUCACUGGGUGCUCUGGGAGACAGCUUCUAUGAAUACCUGUUAAAAUCGUGGCUUCUUACCAAUCGAACAGAUGAACAGGCGAAGCGGAUGUACGACACUGCGAUGAAGGUAAUUAAAGAACGAUUGAUUCGGAAAUCAAAAGGCGGCCUGUUGCACAUUGUUGAAAUGAGAGGAGGUAUGUUCGCUCUUGAUGCCACGUUUGAUAGCCAGCACGCCGAGUACAUGGAAAUCGCGAAAGGAAUUACAGACACAUGUCAUCAGUCUUAUGUCCGAGCGGUAACACACCUUGGCCCUGAAAUCUUUCGUUUUACGGAUGAUCUAGAAGCACAAACGAACUCCAACGAUCGAUAUUACAUACUACGGCCGGAAACCGUCGAGUCGUUUUUCUACUUGUGGCGAUUGACGAAUAUACUGAACUAUCGAGAGUGGGCGUGGGAUGUGGUCCUGGCUCUUGAAAAGUACUGCAAGGCUGAAGCAGGUUAUUCCGGCAUCAACGACGUCUAUAACUCUAAUCCAAUCAAAAACGAUGUACAAGAAAGCUUUUUUCUUGCCGAAACUCUUAAGUAUUUGUACCUCAUUUUCUCUACGGAUACAGUAUUGCCACUGGAUAAAUGGGUGUUUAACAGCGAAGCACAUGCUCUGCCUGUGCAUGAACAAACUUCGACGCAAGUUGCGUUGUAG